AUGAAAAGAAACAGCGGAAGUCCAGGGGAGACUAAUAACACUUUUCAUCAGCUGCAGCCACCACAGCCAAAGAGGACUUACAGUGCUGAUGGUCUUCAUCACACCAACACUAGCGACCACCAAGAUCUCAGAAACAACAUGUUUUUCAAAGACAAGUUUGAUGAAGAGGAGGAGGAUUCAGGGAUUAAAUCAGAGGCUGAUGAAAGCAAUGGAACCAUUUCCUCUGAAGACGACUUAGAGCACCUUGAGUAUUCGAAGAAUUUCACUCUGAAGCAAACGGUGACAAAGAAGAGCAUCAGUGAAAUCAUUAAGGACAAGAAAAAACAAACUCAGUUAACACUUAAAUGGCUUGAGGAAAAUUAUAUUGUUUGUGAAGGAGUUUGCUUGCCUCGGUGCAUCCUCUAUGCACAUUACCUCGACUUCUGUCGCAAGGAGAAAUUAGAUCCUGCUUGCGCUGCCACUUUUGGCAAGACUAUACGACAAAAGUUUCCUCUCCUAACGACUCGAAGGCUCGGCACCAGAGGCCAUUCAAAGUAUCAUUACUAUGGAAUUGGGAUUAAGGAGAGCAGUGCUUAUUAUCACUCAGUGUACUCAGGAAAAGGUCUGACCAGAUUCUCUGGGAGCAAACUCAAAAAUGAGGGAGGUUUCACACGAAAAUAUUCUCUCAGUUCUAAAACAGGAACGUUGCUCCCAGAAUUCCCAAGUGCACAACAUUUAUUGCUUCACGAAUCCAUUUCAAAAGAAAAGGUCGACACACUGAUCAUGAUGUACAAAACUCACUGCCAGUGUAUUCUCGACAACGCCAUCAGCGUCAACUUUGAAGAGAUCCAGAACUUCUUGCUGCAUUUCUGGCAAGGCAUGCCCGACCAUCUCUUACCUCUGCUGGAGAAUCCAGUCAUCGUGGAUAUCUUUUGUGUGUGUGACUCCAUACUGUACAAGGUCCUGACUGAUGUUCUCAUUCCUGCUACAAUGCAAGACAUGCCAGAAAGUCUUUUGGCAGACAUCCGAAAUUUUUCGAAACUCUGGGAGCCGUGGAUGGUUUCAUCCUUGGAAAAUCUGCCAAAAAUCCUGUCAGAAAAGAAGCUUCCCAUAGCAAGGCGCUUUGUUUCCUCCUUAAAGCGCCAGACUUCUUUCUUACACCUUGCUCAGAUCGCAAGACCGGCUCUUUUCGACCAAAACAUUGUAACAGCCAUGGUGAAUGAUAUUGAUAAAGUAGAUUUAAACAGCAUCGGCUCACAGGCGCUCCUCUCAAACGCUAAUGACCAGGACCUGGAUUUCUACUCCGAAUAUGACAGUGUUGCAGUUUUCCAAGAGUUAAAGGACCUUCUGAGAAAGAACGCCACUGUUGAGUCUUUUAUAGAGUGGCUAGACUCUGUGGUGGAACAGAAAGUCAUUAAGCCAAGUAAACAAAAUGGCCGCUCGGUGAAAAAACGAGCCCAGGACUUUUUGCUGAAAUGGAGUUUUUUUGGAGCUCGUGUGAUGCACAGCCUCACCUUAAACAAUGCCACAAGCUUUGGCUCCUUCCACCUCAUCCGGAUGCUGUUGGAUGAAUACAUCCUGCUGGCAAUUGAAACACAGUUUAAUAAUGAUAAAGAGCAAGAUCUACAAAAUCUCCUGGAUAAAUAUAUGAGAAACGCAGAUGCCAGUAAGGCAACAUUCACGGCUUCCCCAAGUUCAUGCUUCUUGGCAAAUCGUAAUAAAGCAGGGAUUGUGAACAAUGAUUCAUCUGUGAAGAACGAGACCCAGGCAGAGUAUACACAUCUGCCUGUCCCAGGAACUCAGCAUGGACUGGGGGCCACCAUGGUGUUGUACCAGGGGAAUGACACAGACAGCUUUACACUAUCUGGCCAGUUGGAUUACUCCCAGAGCAGUGGUCCAUUGAUCACCCCUCCCAUCUCUCCAGCCAUGGUGAACCGAGGCAGUGUGAUCAACCAGGGCCCGAUGGCAGUGAGAUCGCCAAGCAGUUGCCCGGUCCAGCCUCAUGCACCCUGCCAGGCUUUCCCUGAUGCCAUGUACCAAAGCCUGCCUGCAUCCACCUACUAUACCAGCUCCUCCACCUACCAGCCUACCAACCUGACCCAGACCCACACGCCCCCCUUGGCUUACCAGGCUCGCAGCGAGUGCUCACGCUAUUCCUCCUUCAGUGGCCAGCAGUUGGCAAAGGACUGCUUUAACAGCAGCUGCGGUGGUGUAGCGUACAGCUCCAGAGUCUCGUCUGGAAGCUACCCGUCCACUUCAGAGCCCACUAUUGAGGUUCAGGGAGUGCAGCUAAUGGACUAUGGAUUUGCAGGGAGUGGAGGAGGAUGUUCAGGUCCAGUGUACACCAGCACAGCACACAGUGGCUACUAUGGGAACAGCAGCUAUGUGGACACGCAGAGGAUGGGCUCUCUGAUCGAUCAGCAUGUAUCAGUGAUCAGCAGUGUGACUUCCACUCGCUGUGUCCCUGCAUACGCUGAGGUCCAUGACCCUCUCAACAUCCUGAACGACAUGAGCAGAAAACCAGCAGCACCUUACUACCCGUCACAACCUCCUCUAAUUACACGCUCAGCAGGUUCUUCGAUAACCCCGUCAAUUCCUUGCUCUGUUUCUCCGUGCAUGUACGGCACUGCUGCUCAGUAUCAUCCUUCCCAAGAUAUCUUGCUUCCUCAUCACAGCAGUGCUGAGGUGCGGGACAUGGUGUCCUCCCUGCCUCCCAUCAAUACUGUGUUCAUGGGGUCAACCGGAGGACCACCGUGA